UUCUCAGUGCCGACGUCAUGAUUUUUAGAUUUCAAGAUGGCCUCCUCCAUCGAAGUGUCUGCGAAAGUUCUAUCGGCCGUCACAUCAUCUGAAUGGGCAAGCCGAGGGAUCCGGGGCUUCCUGGUGGGUCCGGCGAACGUCCAGUCUCCAGAUGAUAUCCAGGUCACGGGGGUCUGGCAUAUGGAACUGAUCGAUGGCAAUGAGCUGAAGGAAGAUAUCAAUGCUUGUCUUUCACAUUUCCCAUGUGGCAACAGAGUGGUGGGUCUGGUCUUCUUGCCGUCUUCAAAUUGUUCCAAGUCAAAAUCUGAAGCAGAUCCUGCUUGUUUAGCAGAGGAAUUUGCAGAGCAAAAUGGCAGUGGUGCACAGUGGCUGCCUCGUCUGCCUGUGUCAAUACUUUUGAGGGCCUCAACAGAAGCAAACAGUGAGAAUCAGUAUGCACCGAUAAUCAGACACCAAACUGGUUCGUUCCAGUCGGUGCGGGUGUCCUUGCCCAUGGACAUCCUGGUGGACGUGGAGGAGUCUGUGCCGAUGUUUGACCUGUACAACUCGCUCAGCGACGCUGUGCUCAGACAGGUCAACACUCUCUUCAGCUGUCUCAACGUGUUCACAAAGAAUAACAAGCUGCUUUCCCCAGAAGUUUUUCAUUUCCACCCGUCUGUGCUGGACUCCCCCGUCACAAUUGUUUACCCUCGAGGCUUGUCGGACGAUGAGUUAGAGGAGGAACGGAAGAUUCUGCACAAGCACCUGUGUCUGCCCAUGGACCGACCGUUGCUACGCCGCGGGGCUUCGGGCCUCUUCCUGUCUUCCAGCGCCCCCGGGGGCUACCUACUCAACACACACCUGGGCUUGUCCGACCCCCCAGUGAAGGGAGGCACCGUGUCGACGGUGGUGGGCUACUACAGCUACCACCACUACAUGCAGGACAAGUUUGACGACGACAAGUGGGGCUGCGCCUACCGAUCCCUCCAGACGCUCAUCUCCUGGUUCCGCUACCAGGGGUACACGGACCGGAACAUCCCCACACACAGAGAGAUACAGAAGGCUUUGGUUGAGAUUGGGGACAAGGAGGAGAAGUUUGUGGGGAGCAGACAGUGGAUUGGCUCGUUUGAAGUGAGCUUCGUGCUGGAUCAUCUUCUGGGGGUGACGAGCAAAUUCAUCAGCGUGAACUCUGGCUCGGAGUUAUCCAGCACGGGUCAACAGCUGGCCCACCAUUUCCAGACGCAAGGGACGCCCGUCAUGAUCGGCGGCGGUGUCCUGGCUCACACCAUCCUGGGCGUGUCCUACAGCGAGCUGACCGGGGACAUCAGCUUCCUCAUCCUUGACCCGCACUACACCGGGGGGGAGGACCUACGCACCAUCCACGACAAGGGCUGGUGCGGCUGGAAAGACAUGAACUUCUGGAACCAGACGGCUCACUACAACAUGUGCCUUCCACAGCGGCCGGCCUGCGUCUGAGGAAUGGACAGAUGGAUGGAAGGGCACUCGAGAUGAGAGGAUGCCACAACGCAUCCAGACCUGCCAAAAAUCCUCCAUGAAAAUCAGAGCCUUCCGAUUUUUUAUUU